CUAUAAUACACAAAAAUUUAAUUGGAUAACUAAUAAUAUUCAAUUUGAAAAUCAAAAUCAAAUUGAAUUAUUUACUAUACAUAUAUAUGAUAAUGCAAUAGCAACACUAGAUGAAAUUGUUAAUCUUAAUUGUUUGCCAACUAGUUAUUAUACAGCUCACUUACCAUUACCAGAUAAUUGUGAUUAUUGUACAAUUUCUAUUAGAUAUUUAACUAUUAAAAUAUAUAUUUGUAGACAUUCUUAUCAUGAUAAAUAUUAUAAUGAUAUUGAUAAAGUUUGUAAACAUUGUUUUGAACAAUAUAAAAAAGAAAUUACUAAACAAGCUAAAGCAUUUAAAAAAGGAUUAGAAAAAAUUGAAGAUGAAAAAAAUAUUUUAGAUAAUGAAAAUACAAAUGAAAAUGAUGAUAAUAAUUUAGAAGAAAAAGAAAAUAAUAAUGAAACAGAAGAAAAUAUAGAUAAUAAGCUUCAAAUAGCUGUUAAUACUAUUGAUCAAUGGAUAACUAUUAAAUAA